GUGCGCGCUACUGUUGCAUCGCCUCACCGGAUAACCGCUGCUAUCUCAUCCUGUCCGUCUGUUCCUCCCCGGUUUUCUGUUCUCUCUUUUUUUUAUUUUGCUCACCAACACACGGAUUUGCAGGAGUGGGAGUCUUUUGACGAUCGAAAUAAGUGGAUAAAGGACCAAACCGUGUGCGUGGAGUGCGUAUCGUUUCUUGUGAUUCCCUAUACGCGCAAGCCGCUUUUUUCAUUCCAGAGAGGCAAUGCGCCCACCCAUGCGAUGCUAGCCUAUUAGCUGGAGAGAGAGAGAGAGAGAGAGAGAGAGAGAGAGAGGUUUCAGCCCUGGAUUCGAGAGGAGGCUAAUUUACGAGCCUUGUUUUGCCUUUCAGGAAAAGGGGAGAUAAGAGGGGGAGGGUGGUUGGUGAAGGAGAAUGCAGCAAUCACAUUUUUAAGCAUGCAGAAGCGGGCCGUUUCCGGUUCCUAGGCUGGUGUGUCCCCCCAUCCGAGGCCAGCAGCCGUAUGGGGAAAGCAGCGGCAGACACAGAUGGCAUGGACACUUCCACAAGGUCUGCCGCUCUGCCCUGCCUGCUCUGCCGGAGCCCGUUCGCCGCCGUCUCUCUCUUCCAGCUCGCUCCGCCGCCCAGCAGCACUGCAGCACAGCACAGGCUGACGGCAUGAGGCUUGAUCCAGUGCAUUUCUCCAUGCUGGUCAUCGGGGUCUCCUUCGCCUGUUACGCCCCGAGUCUCAACUCCCUCCAGGACCAGGCGUACCGAUCAGCCGUGGUCAUCGAGGGCGAGGUGCGCUCCUCCCCGGAGAACGUCUCCUCCCGGGAGCCCUACAGUGUGAAUGUCAAAGUGCUGGACGUGUGGCCCGUCAACAGCGGCGGCCUCGAGAGGGAGCAGCUCGUGACCGUCGGGGACUUCGGUUCCGAGGCCCCGUGCACCACGGUGGAGAAGGACCACAGAUAUAUCUUUUUCAUGGACCCCACCGCUGAGCCCUUGGUAUUCAAGGCAUCGUACGCCCCUGUGGACGCCAGUGAGCCGGAGCUGAAGAAGGAUGUGGAGAGAGUGUUGUGCGAGGACUGCGCCUCUGCUCCUAGGCUUCGGCUAAUGCGAGGCCAGUCUCUGGUGGAAGGGGACAAGCUGUACUUGAAGUGCGAAGCGACGGGGAAUCCCAGCCCUUCCUUCCGCUGGUACAAAGAUGGACAUGAGCUUCAGAGAGGCAGAGACCUCAAGAUAAAGACCAACAAAAAAAACUCAAAGGUGCAGAUCAGUCGUGUCCGUGUGGAAGACUCGGGCAACUACACCUGUGUGGCUGAAAACUCACUAGGACAAGAAAAUGUCACGAGUAUUAUCAGCGUGCAGAUCUUGACCACCACCACCCCGUCUCCAGGUGUGAGUCAUGUGAGGCGCUGCAACGACUCGGAGAAGGCCUACUGUGUCAACGGAGCAGACUUGACCACCACCACCCCGUCUCCAGGUGUGAGUCAUGUGAGGCGCUGCAACGACUCGGAGAAGGCUUACUGCAUCAACGGAGGAGACUUGACCACCACCACCCCGUCUCCAGGUGUGACUCAUGUGAGGCGCUGCAACGACACAGAGAAGGCCUACUGUGUCAACGGAGGAGACUGUUACUUCAUUCAUGGUAUUAACCAGCUGUCCUGCAAGUGUCCCAAUGACUAUACGGGGGACCACUGUCAAAACUCCGUCAUGGCCGGUUUCUACAAGAUUCUCAGAAUUAAAUUAAUGGAGGCUGAGGAGCUCUACCAGAGGCGGGUGCUGACGAUCACAGGCAUCUGUGUGGCGCUGCUGGUGGUUGGCAUCGUUUGUGUGGUGGCCUACUGCAAAACCAAGAAGCAGAGGAAGAAGAUGCACAGUCACCUACACCAGAACCAGAAUCAGUGUGUGGAGCAACCCAACCGCAUGCUGGCCAAUGGACCCAACCACCCUGGUCCCGGUCCCGAGGAGAUCCCCAUGGUUGACUACAUCUCCAAAAGCGUCCCAACGACAGAGUGUGUGAUCAGCCACGGAGCUGAAGGUGCAGGCAACUACGCAGGCAGCCGAAUGUCUACCCGCUCCCACCACUCUACCACUGCCUCACAUGCUUCCAGACACGAGGAGCAGACGUGGAGCAUGGAGCGAACAGAGAGUAUGAACUCAGACUGCCAGUCAGGUGGGCUGUCCAGCUCUGUAGGAACCAGUAAGUGCAGCAGCCCGGCAUGCAUGGCGAGGAGGGCCGCCCACUGGGGCUGUGCGGACAUGUCUGGACCGGGAAUGCAGUACGGGGAUUCAUACGACUCUCUAAGAGACUCGCCUCACAGUGACAGGUACGUGUCGGCGCUGACCACGCCAGCACGGCUGUCCCCGGUGGAGUUCCACUACCCCCCGUUGCCGCCCCAGGUGCCCACCUUCCAGAUCACCUCACCCAACACAAGCCACGCCCUCUCCCUGCCCCCCGCUGCUGCCGCCUACCACAGAGACGACGACCAGCCGCUGCUACGAUGCCCAGAUGACGGAAGUUUAUACAGACAGCCCCGGCGUCCGCGGCGACCAUACUUGACGGAGAGCACAGGAAGUCUACCGUCCAGCCCCUACCGUCUCCCAGAUGACGAGGCCUACGAGACCACGCAAGAGUACGCCUCUUCACGGGAACCCAUCCGGAGCCGGCGCCGCCCGAGACGCAAUCGCCUCAAUGGACACAUCUCCCAGCGUUCGACAGGCCUACGGGACUACAGCUCACAGAGCUUCAGCCAGUCAGAGGAGGAGGAGGAAGAGGAGGAGGAAGAGGAUGCUCACGGGGAGAGCACGCCUUUCCUUAGUAUGCAGAACAUGAACAUGGACCCACCUUUAACGGUUCCGGGUUACCGCUCGUCAUCCGGUGCGGACACACGGACUCACCGCGGGCUGAGUCGGCCGGGGACACGCAGCAACGGGCAGAGCCGCGGCUCCCAGUCGCAGCGCUCCAAGGCUGACAACAUGCCCCUUUAAGACUUAACCCCCUCCCCCCCGCCACCACCCACCCCUCCACCUCACACACUCCCCUUCCUCCUACACACAACCAGUGGACUAGAGACCUGCACCUAGGAGAAAUAUUUUUAUUUUGUAUAACAGACAGAUAUUCUAAACAAAUGAAAUAUUUAUUUUCAUUUCAGCAAAAAUUGUCUACUAGCUAACAGCAAAGACUUUUUUUAUAACGGGGGGGAAAUAUUUAUAUGUAAAGUUUUUUGAUUUACAGCAUUAUGAGAGAUGAAAAAAUAAGAGAAUUACGUGCCAAUUUUUUCACAAGUUAGAUAAAUAGAAUAAUAUUGUGGUGCCUUUUGCUGUAUGCUGAAGUCGGAGGUCCCAUUGAGUUUUUGUAGCCUUUCUUAUAAAGACUCCUCGUUUUUAUAGAGACCAACCCUCUUCCUUCCUUUUGCUUUGGUUUUCUCUCUGAUUUGGGAUCUUCCUCUUUUUGAACUGUGAUCUGAUUAUGUCAUCAUGCAAUAUUGAUUCCUCCUGUGUAAAAGGUGUCUGUUUACAUGAGUAUGAUCCACGCGAUGCGCUCGUUUCACAGGGACAUUAGUCACUGACGCAACCGGAAGUGUAGGGUAGUUUUUCUUGGAUGAUUUUUUUUUUGGACGAAUCACAUUGGUCAUUUAUGUCCUCGUUCGCUGCCUGUCAGUCAUUUGUUGUUAUUUCUGUGAAAACAAGAGUGUUAGGGAAUUGUUGAGGGGAAGUAAUUCCAGAUUCCUGUGUCGGUGUUCAGGGUGCUGCCAUGACAUUGGUGGUGGUUGCAGUGUAUGUGUGUGUGUGUGUGUGUGUGUGUGUGUGUGUGUAUUUACACCUCAUGAAGCCUCAUUUGGUCGGCGCCUCCGUUCACCUCAGAAAGUGUGGUCCCUUGUUUGACUGACAUGCUCCUCUCACCAAUCCUCACGCUGCCAGAAGCUCCAUUGCACUGUAAGAACCUCCCUCCGUGAGCAGUCAUUGGCCAGGGAGCUGCCGAUCCAAACCGAACCUAACCAAUCCAGUUGUAAUCCAGCCUGACUCUGGCCUCCCGUGGACUGCCCAGCCCGCCCGUUUCCUAUGCCAGCAGCUUAGAGCCGCACUGUGUCUCAGGACUUCCCCAUCACAUCACAGCCAAAAGACUCAAAGCAGAGAGCGCACGUCAUCUCAGUCACAGUUCAGUCCGCAGGCCAGAUCCACGUCCCCUCACUGUCCUUCCUGUCUGUCCAUCAGGUCUGUUGCGUUCACUCGUGGCCAUGAUUAAAGGGAGCGUGGGUGAAAAAACUCUUGGAAUCAGAAGGGAGAUUAAGUUGCUUUUUUAAUUUUACUUAAAAGGUUGUGUGUGUGUGUUUGUGUAUGCAGGCAUGUGUGUGGGUCACGAUGACGAUGAAAAAAAUGAUGCGGAGACCAUAUCUGUUCACUAUGUUGCAGGGGCGUAGCUAGGAAUUCUGGCCCCCCCUGAGAGGAGGAUAUUGCUCUGGGUUCCCCCCUUUUCUUUCUCUUUUUUUAACUUAUAUAAACCUACUGGAAACUUUACGGGCCCUCUCCAGCUGUGGGCCCCUGGAAUCGCCACCACCUUUCACCCCUGUAGCGAUGGCACUGCUCUCAUGGGGGACAAAAAAUAGUUAGCGGGUCACUGCGUGCAGGUUCACACUGCUAGAGAGCGAGUUUCUGAGUGUGAUUCUACUUUUUUUUCUUUAGCUCACAGCCAAACGGUGGUAUAUGAUAAUACUUAUUACUGCAUCCUUGAUUUGCAUUCCUAUACCUUUUAUUGAUUGAACUUCUUUUGCUUGGUCAUAUUGACUGAAUGAUCUAUUAUCUGUCUGUCUCUGUCUGCCCCCCCCCCCCACCUCACAUCACCCCUCACCUCCAUGUCUUUCUCACCCCCUUACCAACCUUCAGAAGCAACUAGCGGAUGAAUUUAGGGCCCAUCUCCAGAUGAGUACACUGAACAGCACACUGACAGUAGGCUGAUCACGUCAGAAACUCUUCACCUUCAGAUAUACAUCGGGUUUAGAGACCCCUUUCAAGCUCACCGAGGUAAAUGAUACUGUGUCAGAUACAAUAUGUGUCCCUAUUAGAGUUGAUUUCCAAUACGUAGAGUUCUUUUCCUUCUUUUUCACACAGGAGAUGCAUGGAUCACAGAUAUAGAAAGUAUCUUAAAAAUGGCGACAAACCCCCCUCAGAUUCAGGGGAAUCAUGCUAGAAAUUUAUAAAAACAUUAUUUGGGUUCACGGCCCAAAGGUCUGGCUAGUUUUGUCUUAAUAUCACUGUAAUCAAUCUGGGAUUUGCAAUGUGGAAAUACUGCAAGUGAGGGUAGUGUGCUUCUAGAGCUAGUUGAAUUGUUAACACCCCCCUCCGCCCUCUUUCUCCUCACCCUGCACUCCCCUUUGCCCUUCACAUACACACAUACAUUUCACAUUCCUCACACAAACUGACACACACACACACACACACACACACACACACACACACACACACACACACAUAUGCACACACACAAACACAGAGCCCUACCAUGUUUGUGUUUGUCAAGCAGUUUGCCUUCGUCUUUUUUACUCCCUCUUUCCUCCCCUCUCUCUCCCCUUCCUCCCUUUCCCUACCUCCCUCUCCCCUCUCCUCCCCUCUCCUCCCCUCUCCUCUCCUCUCCUCUCCUCUCCUCUCCUCUCCUCUCCUCUCACCCCGACCCCUCUGCAUGUCCUAGUGGUACUGGUAGUUGGGUGCAUGGAAAAAGCAGCAAGCAAAUCGUUUUUCCACUCGGUGAAAAAAUAAAAAAAACGUGUCUUCAUUUUAACAUUCAGCAAUAAAUCCCCUUCUCUUCAUGUCCAUCAUUCUUGGAAUAUGCUAGAAGAUUUUUUGCAAGUUUUAUCAAAAACAUACUACUUGUAAAAGAAGAAAAAUCCAAAACCACCCCUUCAUAUGGAAAAUAAAACUUUAUUCCUACCAUUUUGAAACAGUCCUGUCGUCUUUGUAACAAAGAGCAACUGUUCUUUCUUUUUAUUUAGUUUUAUUCAGAAGAGGUGAUGAUAAAAUCAAGAAGUCAGUGCACCAAAUUUACAGUAUGAGAGGAGUUGCAAAGAUAUGAGCAGUAGAUGGCGGGAUUUACCUUGGCUAUAAUUUGAUGGUGCCUUCUGUAUGUUAGUACACGGGUUCCUCAACCUGGGGGUCCUGAUACCCACUAGGGGUUGCCAAAGCUUCACAGGGAGUCCAGAGACCGUCUUGAUUUUAAGGGGUGUG